UUCUGAGCCAAGCGGCCAUAUCUUUCGUCUGGUUUUAGUUAUUUCUCGUAAGACGCUACUAAAGCGCGGAGCUCGGACUGUGUUAAUAUUUAUUAAACUAGGAAUAAUUUUGGCUCCGCACACGUAAACGGGUAUUGUUUUUGGUCUCAGUAUUAUUUCCGUCCAGAGAACCGCGUCCCCUUUUCCUGCGAGGGGGAGGAAGUUGCUAACCGGUUUCAGGGGUGACUAGAGACUCCGCUGGUAGUGACGCCGAAACGCAAAAGAAAGCAGCGCGCUUUGAAACAAUCCUUGUGGCGUUUAAGUAGCAAAAAAAACCAAAGAGCGGACUCGGAGCGCACUUUUUGCGGCGAUAUCUCCGGGAAUCGAUCCCGAGAAGCGCGCAUGCCCGGCAGUUGGAGGCUCCGCGCUCGUGGGGAUUUUGUCGCGUGCCGGAGAUGAGCGUCGGCCGGCCCGCGCGGCCACUUCCGUGUUGCCGGAGCGGGAUGGCGGCGCCAGGCGUCCACAGGUUGGCCAAGUGGCGCUCGGGCAGAGCGCUCUAAUCCCUCCGGAGGCGCGGCCUUCGCUCCCGAACUGCGCUCCGCUUCUGUGUCUCAGUCUCCCUCGACGCUCAGCAGUGCUGCACUAUGGAGUUUUUCCCCCUCAAAGGGGCACUUGACUUGCGCUGAUGUCCCGCACGGCGGCCACCCUGUAGCCGCGCCGGGCUUCUUUUCUCUCUCCCCCCCCCCCCAUGUUUACGGAAUGGAUCUUUUCUGACUUGACCCGCAAUGUCUGCAAGUCUGCUGUGUUGCUAGAAUAAUAGACGUGUUUGUUGGCUUCAGAUGCUGUCGCCUGGCUUUGUUUUCCCCGUGAUCUCGGACAGGAAACAAAGGCGCUAGGCAGCCGGGCUUCCUCUUGGCCGACAUGCCGAGCUCGGAGACGCUGCUGCAGGAGGCUCGGGGCCGCAGUCCUUCCGAGCGCAGGAACUCCCCAGCGCAGGGACGGAGCAAAGCGCCGGGGGGCCCUGCGUCUCAGGGUGAGAGGCGGCGGGACAAGAGGCGACCGUCGUCGUCCUCGAGCCGAAAGAAACGCAGGCGUCCCCGCGAGCGAGCGAGCGAAGUGGCGGCGGAGGACGGCGAGGAGCCCAACAGCGAGCGGAGGAGUGUUUUCGAGCGGGAUGGGGAGCUGCACACCCUGGUGGAGUACGACGACAUCAGCUCGCAGUCCGAGGGCUUAUCCGGGAGCCCGUCGCCCAGGCCAGACCCGCGUGCCGAGCGGCUGCUGCUCCGUAGGCUGGCUGAGGACGAGUACCUCGGUGCCGGGGGUCCGUCCGCACCGUCCGCUCCGGGCGGGAGGUCGAGGACUGAGCGGCCCUCCUCUUACUCCAGAAAGGAUGGGCAGGGUCAGUUGGCUGAGAGGCGCCGGCUCCAUGCGGAGGAGAAAAGGACUGAGAAGGACCAGUCGUCUAAGUCGCGCACCGGCACCCGGCACAGCAGGGAUGCGGGGAGGACUGUAGACAGCAAUGGCAAGAAGAAGGCCGUACAGUCCCUCGCGUCCCUGGACAAGAAGGAGGUGAAGCAACACAAAGAGAGACUGGACUCGAAAAGGGUGGAAAGGGAGCCUCCGUCUGCCUACAGGGACACCCCUAAGGCCUACAGGGACGAUCGUGAGGAGCCAAAAGCCUACAAGAGAAGCCCUGGCUUCAAGGAGGACAGUCCCUACGGGGCAUCCUACUCCCAACCCUUCGGGUACCAGUCCCCCAACCCGGUGUAUUACCAGCUUAUAUCCAGGACAAGCCCCAGCUAUGGGAGCAGGAGGCACUCUCCAAGCCCUACGUAUUACGGUCGGGAUGUGGAUGUCUACGGUGCCUACUUCUCCAAGUCCCCAGGCUCCUACUCGAGUAGCAAAAGGCAGAGGUCUCCGCUGAGUCCUUAUAACAGGCACAGAUCGCCAAGCUACAACCGCAGCAGUCCCUACGAACAAGGAGAAAUAGCUCCCAGUCCUUACAGCAGCCGGCGGAGGUCCAGAAGCCCCUACAGAAAAUCUUUUAGCCCAAGUCCUGAUCUCAGGCGAGGUAACAAGUCUCGGAGUCGCAGCCCGUACACGUCCUCGCGCCACUCGCGCUCCCACAGUCGCCACCGGCACUCUCGCUCACGAAGCCGGCCCUCCAGCCUCUCUCCGAGCACGUUGACCUUGAAGAGUAGCCUGGCCGCUGAGCUCAGCAAGCAGAAGAGGGCAAAGGCUGCAGAGGCAGCCCGGACCAAGGGCUCCGGGGACACCCCUGUCGCUGCUGGCACCGCUGCAGCUGCUCAGUCCUGCCCUCCUGCCAAGAAGUCACGACCUCCCUCACCACCUCCUGACAAGGGCCCCAAGACACCGGUACCUUCCUGCUCCCCAUCCCCACCUGAGAGUGCCCCAAAGAAGACUGCAUCUGUUCCACAGGUGAACAAGGAGAGCAAGGGGAAGGAGGAGACUCCUGCAGAAGCAGCAGCAGCAACAACAACAGUGCCACCACCAGCCGCACCACCACCACCAGCAGCCAAGGAGAAGAGAAAACCUGCUGCUAAAGAGAGAGAGCGGGCGAGUGCACCUCCUGUGUCAACCCUUGCCUCCCUCCCAUUGCCACCAACUCUGCUGGAACAUCUAGAGGAAGUGGACAGUCUGAAGGAUUGCCUGCCACCUCAUUCUGCUAAGAAGAAGCAGGAGCGCAAGCCCCGGAACCUCCUCAGCGAGCUCCCUCUUCCUCCUGAGCUCCCAGGUGCAGAGCCGGCAUACCCUGAGAACAAGAAGAUGACCCCAACCCGACGGAGACCCAAGAUCUGUGGCCCUCGGUUUGGGGAAAUCAAGGACACGGAGAUCGACUGGGGGAAGCGAUGUGUGGACAAGUUUGAGAUAAUUGGAAUCACAGGAGAGGGCACCUAUGGACAGGUGUACAAAGCUAAAGACAAAGACACCGCCGAAAUGGUGGCCUUGAAGAAAGUUAGGCUGGACAACGAGAAGGAGGGCUUCCCCAUCACGGCCAUUCGCGAAAUCAAGAUUCUGCGGCAGCUCAACCACAAGAGCAUCAUCAACAUGAAAGAGAUUGUUACUGACAAAGAAGAUGCCCUCGACUUCAGAAAUGACAAGGGUGCAUUUUACCUGGUGUUUGAGUACAUGGACCACGAUCUCAUGGGGCUUUUGGAGUCAGGCCUGGUGCAUUUCAAUGAAAGCCACAUCAAGUCUUUCAUGCGGCAGCUGAUGGAAGGCCUGGACUACUGCCACAAGAAGAACUUCUUGCACAGGGACAUCAAGUGCUCUAACAUCCUGCUCAACAACAAGGGGCAGAUCAAGCUUGCAGAUUUUGGCCUGGCUCGUCUCUAUAACUCUGAGGAGAGCCGACCUUAUACCAACAAGGUGAUCACGCUGUGGUAUCGGCCACCUGAGCUGCUCCUGGGGGAGGAACGGUACACCCCUGCCAUCGAUGUCUGGAGUUGCGGGUGCAUCCUGGGAGAAUUAUUCACAAAGAAGCCCAUCUUCCAGGCCAAUCAGGAGCUUGCCCAGUUGGAGCUCAUUAGCCGUAUAUGCGGCAGUCCGUGUCCGGCGGUGUGGCCCGACGUCAUCAAACUACCCUACUUCACCACCAUGAAACCAAAGAAACAGUACCGCCGCAGACUACGGGAAGAGUUUGCAUUCAUACCGUCUGCUGCGCUGGACCUUUUCGACCACAUGCUGGCCCUGGACCCCAGCAAACGCUGCACAGCCGAGCAGGCACUCAACAGCGACUUCCUCAAGGACGUGGACCCUGCUAAGAUGCCCACUCCAGAUCUCCCGCUGUGGCAGGACUGCCAUGAACUGUGGAGUAAGAGGCGACGGCGGCAGAAACAAAUGCCAGAAGAGCUGGUUGCUCCUAAGGUUCCCCGGAAGGACCUGGGGCUGGACGACAGCCGAAACAACACCCCGCAGGGCUUCUCUGCCCCCACCCAGCAGAAGGCCCCCAGUUGCAGCGGUUCUGCUCCGUUGGACGCCAAGGGGGCGCCUGUCUCGCAGUUGACCCCAGAGCAGCUGGCCAUCAUAGUGAACCUGCUACAGUCCAAGAGCGCAGUGAACAUGGCACAGUUUGCCCAGGCCAUGAACAUCAAGGUCAACCCAGACAUGCUGCAACAGCUCACACAGGUUUCACUGCCUGCUGGGAUCCUUGCUGAGACAGAGAGGCCCUCCCAACCUGGGGGGGUACCCCACACCCCUCCCCUGCCCCCACAAGGGAAAGCAGAAGGGGAGGGGGCCUCAACAGCAGUGCAGAGUGCGGUCACAGUGUUGUUAGCGCAGCUGCUCAAAGUCCAGCAGCUGCAGAGGAAGACGGGUACAGCAGAGGGGGUGGACGGCGAGGCAGCCCCUCCUCAGGAAGAACCCCCAGCCGAAGUGCAGCAACCGCCUGAACCGAGCACCCCACCCCCCAUGUCACCAGUGUGUGAUGGCAGCACGGUGUCCGUUCCGCAACCCCCUCCUGCUCAAGAGGCGCCGUUUAUCCUCCCUCCGGAUCAGAGGCCACCGGAGCCUCCGGAGCCACCCCCUCCGAGCGAGGACCUCGACUACCGGCCCACGCCCGAAGCCAGCAGCAGAGGUGGUGCCGGGGAAGGAGGGGGGCCUCGUGAACCCGAUUACCCCCCACCUCCACACCCACCGCCACCUCAGCCAGAGGCCCCACCUCCACCAGCCUUCGCCCCUGUGUUGCCGCCACCACCACCUUUUCCCUCUGCUUUUCCAGCUGAAGGCUACAGUGCCACCUACCUAGGGGCUAUGCCCCCCCACACACUGCGGGACAUGUUCAGGGGUCCAGCCCCCCCUCCACCACCUUCCGGCUUCCAGGACCCCUUCCCUCGUGGUGGACCUGCAGCAGGCGCUGUCUUCUCUGGUGACAAGGACCACCGCUUUGACUUCAGCCACAGCCCGCUGCCUGUGGAAGGAAUCCCCCACACAGUCGGUGUCCCCGGUUACAACCACACUAUGAAUCGGCAGGACUGUGUGCUCCCACCCCCACUGCCCCUGCCGCCUCAUCCCCCACCCCACCCGCCGGGCACAGGCUGGGGCUCCCCUUCGCACCCUGCGGUGCCCCCCUUCCCUCCUGGCUUCAUGCCCCACAUGAACACAGCGGGGCUCAGGGGUCGCGGUCUCCCCUUCUGACGCUGAACCGUAUGGUGGGUCAAAGCCCGCUGCAAUGAAGAGAACAAAUUCACCACAAGCAAAACCCUCUCAGGCCCCAACAUGGGGAAAUAAACUGGUGUGAUUUGUAAUUCAUUAAGUGGACAAUACCCCUCCCAAACAUCCCCAGAAAUGCAUACAGCAGAGGGACUUCUCCUGCUCUUACCAUUUGGUAUUGUUUUUAAAUCUGUUCUACUGCUGUCUUUUAAUCUUUUUGAGUGCACAUUUACCUAACCAGGUAAUUUUUUUUAAAUCUGUACCUUAGCAAUUGUUUUGUUUUUAAUUGCUUUAGGGCAGAGUAGUAAAGAUUUCAUACUGCUAGGUAGCCCAAACCUGUUUAGGAUUAAAACUUCUUGGUGGGGGGAAAAAAAAUUGAAAAUUUACUAUAGUUUUGGACCAAGUACAUUUAAUAAACCAGGAAGGGUCAAAUAAAGGCACUGGAUAAAUCUUCCUACAUGGAUUUUUUGUUGGGUUUCAGAUAGUAAACCAGCCCAAAUAUUAGAAUGUGAAAUUCUUGCUGAGAAAAAAAAAAAAAAUGCAAGAAUAAUCAAUGUGGAAACAUUUAGCCCUAGAUAUGAAAGGCAACAAUGUCUUUUUGUACUAUGAAUUUUCCCAAAAAUCUUUAUUAAAGAAAUUCUCUUAACCAUCCUGGUGUUUCACUGCAUUUCACCGCUAUGAGAAUUAGG